GGCUACUGGGAAACGAAAGGGCAGCUCACCACCGGGACGGACCGUCGCUCCUGACUUCCCUGACCAUGGGCCCGCGGAGCCGCGAGCGUCGGACUGGGGCAGUGCAGAGCACCAACGACAGCAGCGCCCUCAGCAAGACCUCCCUGGCCGCGCGCGGGUACGUGCACGACGCCUUCACCGCCUUACUAGUUCCAGGGACCGCGCGCCGCGCGCCGCUCAUCCACCGCGGCUACUACGUUCGCGCACGCGCCGUGCGGCACUGCGUGCGCGCCUUCCUGAAGGGGACGUGCGCGGACCCCGGCACGCCUCCCGGCCAGAUCUUGUCGCUCGGCGCUGGCUCGGACUCGCUGUAUUUUCGCCUCAAAACUGCGGGCCGCCUGACCCGGGCUGCCGUCUGGGAGGUAGAUUUUCCGGACGUGGCACAGCGCAAAGCGCAGAGGAUUCGAGAUACGCCGGAACUGUGUGCGUUAACUGGGCCUUUCCAGAGCGGGGACCCCGGGUACACGUUGUGCUUUGAGAGCUCGGACUACCGCAUCCUGGGCCUGGACCUGCGGCAGCUGCAGCGAUUGGACCACGCCCUGGCCACCGCGGGCCUUGACGCAGCCGCACCGACUCUGCUCCUGGCUGAGGCCGUGCUGACCUACCUCGAGCCGGAUGAUGCCGCGGCCCUCAUCGCCUGGGCCGCCCAGCGUUUUUCUAAUGCCCUUUUCGUCGUCUACGAGCAGAUGAGGCCGCGUGACGCCUUUGGCGAGUUCAUGCAGCUACAUUUUCGGCAGCUGAAUUCUCCCCUGCAUGGCCUGGACCGCUUUCCCGACGCGGAAGCCCAGCAGCAGCGCUUCCUUCAGGCCGGCUGGACCGCCUGCCGUGCCAUGGACAUGAAUGAGUUCUAUCGCUGCUUUCUUCCCGCAGAAGAACGCCGGCGCGUGGAAAAUCUCGAAACGUUCGACGAGUUUGAGGAGUGGCAUCUGAAGUGCGCCCACUAUUUCAUUCUGGCCGCUUCUCGGGGAGACGCUGUCUCCCAAACUCUGGUGUUUCCACCCUCAGAGACGUUUCCUCGGAUAGAUCCUGCUUCCCCUUCAGGAGUCUUCCCUGCCAGUGUAGUCACUGGUGAUAGCCAGGGCCCAGACCUUAAGAGAUAUGGACACGCCUCGGUCCUUUUGAGCCCAGGUCUUAUUCUCAGUGCUGGAGGAUUUGGAGAACAGGAGGGGCGACAUUGCCGAGUGAGAAAGUUUCACUUGCUCUCAAGAUACUGUGACUUUGAAUGGAAAGGCAACCAAUUAUGCAGUUGGGGGACUGGAGCUCAGUGGGAUGGACGCCUUUAUCACACCAUGACAAGACUUUCAGAUACUCAGGUUCUGGUUCUGGGAGGGAGACUGUCCCCAGUAACUCCAGCCUUGGGGAUUCUCCAACUUCUUUUUUGCAAGAGUGAGGAUAAUAACCCUGAGGACCUAAAUGUCACAGUCACAAAGGUCGGCCCAGAAGAAGAUUCCACUUUAUCACGUUGGCGCCAUUCAACAACAGAAGUGUCCUAUGAGAAUCAGAGAUAUUUGUUUGUGUAUGGGGGCCGCAGUGUGGCAGAACCCGUACUAAGUGACUGGCAUUUCCUACAUGUGGGGACAAUGGCUUGGGUCAGGAUCCCAGUGGAGGGAGAAGUACCUGAAGGUCGGCAUUCCCACAGUGCCUGCAGCUGUCAAGGGGGAGCCCUCAUUGCUGGAGGUCUGGGUGCUUCUGAGGAGCCGUUGAGCUCUGUAUACUUUCUGAAACCAAUCUCUUGUGGAUUCAUCUGGGAAUCAAUAGCCAUCCAGCCUCCCAUUACCCCAAGGUACUCCCACACAGCUCAUGUGGUCAAUGGGAAGCUUUUGUUGGUUGGAGGGGUCUGGAUUCAUUCCUCCUCAGUUCCUGGAGUGACUGUUAUUGAUUUGUCUACAGGACUGAGCUUCGAGUAUCAGAUUGACACAACAUGUGUGCCAUGGCCGUUAAUGUUACACAAUCAUACCAGCAUCCUCCUUCCUGAAGAGCAACAGCUCCUGCUCCUUGGAGGUGGUGGGAACUGCUUUUCCUUUGGUACCUACUUCAACCCCUGUACAGUGACAUUAGACCUUUCUUCCUUAAGUGCUAGGCAGUAAGGACUGGACUUGUGAUAUAUUCAGGACCUACUAAAGUAGACAAUAAAGCUUUCCAAAAUAG